ACAGACGGACUCUCAGACAGUCAACGUACUCUCGUGCAUUUGUUGGAUCGGUCUGGUGUUAGGUCCUGUUAUAACUCCCGCUCAAGCCGCCUACCUUGUGCAGAGCAUGAGUACAUUGUUAGACUUUGCCUAUCCUUAAUUACAUCACACUUUCUUCUUUUCCACUAUGCUUAGCCGUGCAGUAUUGCCUCUGACGAGGUCUAACACCCUCGCCUCUACGGUUCGUUUAUCCGCCUUACCGAUUACCCACUCUCGGUGGUACGCAAAGAACAAUAAACCCAAGGCUCCUUAUAAGCUGCCCGAGUCUGUCAAGCCUCCCAAAGCCGACCAGGCUACGCAGCCUUCACAACAAGAGUAUUCGGCCUCUCAAGCUGAAUUCGACACCAAUGCGGAUGCACAAAGAAACACAGCAAACCAGACUGCCGAAUCUGCUGAAUUUAGCCAGACGGCGGCCGAACAAGCUGCGCCUCAAAAACCACUUCCCGAUCUCACACAGGGCAUUCCCUCUACCCUUGCCGCGGAACUAGAAGCUCGCUCGAAAGGUCGUGGACCGACUGCACUGAAUCUCACCGAAGACCCUUCCCGCUCCGAAGACUACACGGAUGAUGGUCACGGCGGCGAUAUCCCCAAGGAUGGUUAUGUUUCGUCUCUUGAUCGCCGAAGGGCCCGGAUGGCCAACCUCAUGUAUGCCCUUUUCCUGCUUGCUGGCGCAGGUGGUGUUGCCUAUUUGGGACGGAACUGGGAGACUGAAGAGGAGGAGAGACUUCAUCCGGAUGUCCCCUCGGGAUGGAGUUUUGGACUUUGGUACAGCCGCGUCAAAGCUCGCUUUGGCGAUAUUACCAGCUACUACAAAGACCCCGCCUUCCCGAAGCUACUCCCUGAUGAAGACCCCAAUCUCCGCCAGCCUUACACCUUGGUGCUGAGCUUGGAAGAUUUGCUUGUGCACAGUGAAUGGAGUCGUGAACACGGAUGGCGGGUUGCCAAGCGACCUGGAGUUGAUUAUUUCCUUCGCUACCUCAACCAAUACUAUGAACUUGUGCUUUUCACCAGCGUUCCAAGCAUGAUGGCAGACCAGGUACUUCGCAAGCUCGAUCCUUUCCGCAUCAUCCGCUGGCCACUGUUCAGGGAAGCCACUAGAUACAAGGAUGGAGAGUAUAUCAAGGAUCUUUCCUACCUCAACCGUGACAUGUCCAAGGUUAUCUUGAUCGACACCAAGGAGGAACACGCCCGCCUGCAACCCGAAAACGCUAUCAUCCUUAACAAGUGGCACGGCGACUCCAAGGACAAGACUUUGGUCGCUUUGAUUCCUUUGCUUGAAUACAUUGCCGGUAUGGGAGUGGAAGACGUGCGCCCUGUCCUAAAGUCGUUUGAGGGCACCGAUAUCCCUGUUGAGUUCGCCAAGCGCGAGAAGGCCAUGCGUGAGCGGUUCCAGAAGGAGCUGGGCGAGGAGCAGCAGAAGCGGCCUAAGGUCAGCAUGGGUAGCUUGGCCUCUGCUUUUGGCUUGAAAUCCACCCGAACCUUGGACGGCGAAGCGACCCCAUCUGAGGGUCUCGCCCAGGGUAAGAUGCUCUGGGAUCAGAUCCGUGAGCGAGGCCAGAAAAACUACGAGAUGAUGGAGAAGGAGAUCCGUGAGAACGGUGAGAAGUGGCUCGCUGAGAUGGCCGCUGAAGAGGAGAAGGCUCGGCAGGAGCAGAUGAACCAGAUGAAGGGCUCUUUCACUAGCAUGUUCGGUGCUGGCAAGCAGUAAUUGUUUUCCUGAGGAU